AUGGCAGAUCAAAAUAAUGACCACCUGGUUGAAUCCAGUGACCCUGACCAUCCUGCAAAUCUGAUCCCUAGACUGUGCAAGCAAUUUUAUACCCUCGGCUGGGUCACUGGAACUGGAGGCGGCACCAGCAUUCGGAAGGACCAACAUGUCUUCAUUGCUCCAUCGGGGGUUCAAAAAGAGCUCAUGAAACCCGAGAAUAUGUUUGUCCUAUCUUACCCAACCCCAAAGUACCCACCAUCUGCCCGGCGCUACAUCCGAAAGCCACUCGACCUCAAGCCAUCUGCAUGUACACCGCUGUUCCUGGCUGCUUUUGAACGGGGAGCUGGCUGUUGCAUUCAUACGCAUUCCCAGUGGUGCGUUCUGGUGACCCUCCUCGUUGAAAAGAUAUAUGGCAACGAGGCAUGCUUUGAAAUCAGUAACAUCGAGCAAAUAAAAGGGAUCCCUAAGGGGCCAGGCAAAGGCAUGCUUGGUUUCCAUGACACUUUGCGAGUACCCAUCAUUGAGAAUACUCCAUUUGAGGAGGAUUUGACCGAGAGUUUGGAGAAGGCCAUGAACCAAUUCCCCGACACAUACGCCGUAUUGGUUCGACGGCAUGGAAUAUAUGUCUGGGGAGAUAAUGUUGCCAAGGCCAAAACGCAAUGUGAGAGCUUGGACUACCUGUUCCAACUGGCCGUUGAAAUGCACAAGCUUGGCCUGCCGUGGAUAAAAGAAAUUUGA